GUGUGUUGUUUGGCUAAAGAUGGCGUUAACGGCUAGCUUUCGCGAUUUCAGUUUGUUUCACCAAAGAUUCCGGCCUGUGCCUUCACAACACUGACAAAACAGUAACUCAGAGCGAUAUUUAGGAGGAAAAUAUGUCACACUGAGGAUUUAUAUAUGCGAACAAUCAUUAGGACGGAGAGUAUUCGUGUUUUUCAGGAUGUAGGCCCGAUUCGGGAGCGGACGGAAGCAAACGGAACUCCAUUUCCCGAGAGGCACCGCGGCGUCAGCUGACUUUGGUGUGUUUGGAAAAGUAGAGGAAUCAUCUCAAAAUGGCGUCUGUGUCGGGAGGUGAUCGUAAACUCAAACCUUGUUCAUCCAAAGAUCCGGAGCUGUCUCUCUCCUGGUGCCUCUCCAAACUGCCCAAAAAGUCCCACUGCACCAAAGACCUGGACAAGCGUGCCAAGAUGGCCCAGUGGCGCGCACUGCUGGCUAUACGCACAUACCACAUCAAAGGCCACAGGUCGUCGAUCUCACGGUUCCGGCGUGAGGGGGGUCUGGAGCUGCUCUUGGAGCUGCUCAAACAGCCCGACUGCAGCAGGAAGACUCUGGACCUGGCCCUGAGUAUCCUGGGAAACUGCUGCACCGAGAGGGAGACAUGUGCACAGGUUCGCAAACUGGAUGGAAUCAACAUUAUAGUGGACAUCAUGAGGAGGCAGGUGGCGCUCAUGUCCAUUCAGAACAGAGCGGCUCGAGUUCUGGGAAACCUGGCCACGGACCCAGAGAGCUCCGCCCUGAUCCACGCAGCCGGUGGCGUUCCUCUGUUGCUUCUCUGUGUCUCUCAAUCCUCCUCUUCUCCCCCCUCCUCCUCCUCUUCUCCCCCCUCCUCCUCUACAUCUCCUGGAUCCUUCUCUCCCUCUCCCCCCUCUACUCCUGACAGUACUACUACUACUACGAGUACUUUUACUAGUACUUCCACUACUGCUUCCACCUAUUCCACUGCUUCUGAUUCCAGUCCUGGUUUUGAAUGUGCACAGUCUGCAGCCCGCGCUCUGCUGUACCUCUGUGACACACCCGCCCAUCGCCUCUCCCUCCUCUUACAGGGCGCGUUCACGUCUCUGGCCCCUCUCCUGUCCCCUGACCUCCCCUUUGGCCUGCGUCACUCCGCCCUCCGCGCACUCCACGAGCUGACCAGGGGCUGCGGCUUGGAGUGUGCCCGGCAGGUAGUGCGAUCUGGAGUACUGCCUCAGCUCGGAGCACUGGCAUCCAAAGACAAAGAGGAGGAAGUGGAGGAGGAAGAGGAGAAGACGAUGGAAGAACUGGCGCUGAAGACUCUCGCCAAUGUGUGUGCUCAGGGCUGCCUGCGCCCCCUGGUGGGCUCGCUGGGCGUGAUCCGAAGGUUCUGUGAGGAGGUGAAGAAGGACGCGCUGAAGUCCUCCGUGUUUUUCAAAGCUCUGUGUCUCUGCUGCAAAGAGGCAGUGAACAGAGCCAAAGUGAAGGACUGUGGAGGCCUGGAGCUGAUCACCGGGUUCAUAACAACACACCAGGACCACCCUCUGUCCAGAAUGGCGAUCUGGGCGUGUGUGGACUUUGUGUUUGACGAGGUUGCCAUGGAGACGCUGCAGGAGGCGGGGCUCGUAGCGGCACUUGUGGAAUGGUUGGUGCGGCUGUGUAAAGGCUCCCAGCUCCCCCCCGGUGACGUAGCACGGGACUGCAUGGACUCGUUUGACUUCCCUCCUCCCGAAGAGAAGAAGGAGGCGCUGUGCUCCAACAGCUUCCUCAGCCUCAGGUCCUGGUUAUUGUCUGAAGGCCUCAUUUCAUCUGAGGGAGAUCUACUGGACUCCUCCUCCACUGGCGAGUCAGAGUGGAACGGGCUACACUUGUCCUCUGCUCCACCUCCUAUAUCCACUGCUACUGCUGCUGCUACUGCUACUACAACUACGCCAAUUACUCCAGCUACUACUGCACCUACCUCCUCCACCAGCCUUAAGCCUCCUCUCCUCUCGCCUAUCUCUUCCUCCACCCCAAAUACCCAGGACCCCACCUGUAAAAACCCAUCCUCCUCUUCCUCACCUGUCCCCAGUUCACCCAAAACACCCGUCUCUCCAUCUAAGUUCAAACUGGGUUCUCCUCAGCGGCGAAAAGAACGAGACCGUGGGUCCAUUUUGAAGUUCCCGAUUGAGACUCCGCCCUCCGUGACCCGCCCAGCAUCGUAUCACCCGUACCACCCGGAGCCUUGGACACCUGAGUCGCCCAUCCUCCUGCUCCUGUCGCGUUUCUCUCACGUUUCGGACCCGAGUGCGGUGCUGGUGAACUCCACGGUGAUGUCGGGGCUGCUGCUCUACCUGACAAGCCACCCGGACCCCAGCGCUCGUUGCUUCAGGCUGCUCCUCAGGCUUAGCGAGAACCCCAACUGUCUACAGGCCCUAGUGCGGAGCGGAGCGGCGGCCAUGAUGCACUAUCAGCUGUGCAGGAGGGGGGUGGAGGGACAAGGGACGAGAGGGGAGGAGGAGGACAAAGAGAAAGACGAGCAGAGGCAGAGCGCCCACGUCAAGGAAAAAGUCCGACAACUUGGUCAGAGCCUCCUGUCUAACCUGCAGCUCCAGUCUGAGGGGGCCUUCGGAGCCGGCGUCCUGUCCCACCUUCUCUUGACUGGGUCUGAGUCUGACCGGCUCCACAGCGCCCUCUGCCUGCCACUGCUCACCAGUAACAAGGCUCUGUUGAAGAAGCUCCUAUUGGACGGUGGCGGUCUGCAGUUCGCUCUUCAGCCUUUGGGGGGCGACACUGAAGACGACUCUCCAAAGUGCCCCUUGCUCUACCUCCCCCUGCUGGCCGGCUGCCUCACUGCCCUUACCUCAGGCUUAAAUCCCUCCAGUCAAUCAAGCUUCAGUCAGACCAACCUCGACUUCGCUCAGAUCUCGUCUCCUCCAAUCAAAAAGCCCCGUCUCGCUCCGCCCUCCUGCCCCUACCUCACUGCCACCUUUGACCUCAGCUUCCUAUUGGACAGCGGCGAGACACUAUCGGCCAAUCGCAACGCUGUAUCCGGAGAAGACAGCUCCAGUGAGUACUUCCAAGCACUUCUUAACGGAGGGUUUGAUGAAGCUAGCAGCAAAGAUGCCAUCCCCAUCAGGGACAUUAGCGCUGCGAUGCUAGCUCCCGCGUUGCAUCACCUCCACGGCUGUCGCUUCAUCGCCACGGCAAUAGACAAGUGUCACACUUUGGACAGUUUGGUGAGCAGCGAGAUGAGUGAAAACGAUAAACGGUUUGAAGAAACGGAUCUCGGCAGAGCGAUGAUCGGCGCCUGUCGGUUUUUAGUCACUGAUUUGCAGAAAGAGUUGGAAGAAGUUUGCAUUGGUUUGCUCACUUCUGGUUUGGACCAUUUAGAAAAAGACAAAAGUGAAAUUUCGCAUUCUGAAAUAAACGCAAGUCCAGAUUCAAAGCCUCAAAAGCGAAAAUGCACCAACAAAACUUCACCUAACCGACAGGCAGACAGUUGGAUUUUGAAUCGUCUUCCUCAGAUGUAUUGGUUUUCUCAGAGGUACAGUUACUCCAAUCUGGGGCGCGCCUGCCUGUCUGUCCUCAUGGUGGCGCCAUUCUCUCAGGCCCAGGUAGCAGAAGGUCUCAGGAGCCUGGUGCAAGAGGCGGACUGCGUUCAAACUCUCAAAAUGGACUUGGUGAGAUUAGUGACGGAGGUUUUGAGCUGCAAGGGCUGAUCAAACGUUAACUGUUAAAGGCCCCUGAGCCCAACAGCACCUCCGCCCUGGUUCUGGAAGUAAACAUUCCAUUCAUUUUUCAGCUCUAUGUAAUGACCAUAAUUUUAUGUCAUAUCUGUUUCUAAAACUUUAUAAACCACAAACGUAUUAAAACAUUUAGCCGAAUCUUCCAUUUUAGACCUGUGUUCAUGUUUGAGUAAACUUUAUUCUCUUAUUUUCAUGAUGUUUUCGCCUCCACCUGGACACGCCCACUGUGACGUAUGCACUUCCUUUCUCAAGUUUUAUUUUCUUAAUCGGUGAUACUCGUAGGAUUCGACAGCAUCGCGUUGUCAUUUUGGUACGAAUGAAAAAAAAUGGGCUGCUCUCUAGUGUGAUGUGCAAUCAGCGCCCCCUAUGGAUUGAUCUAAUUUAGUUUAUAGUGACAUCAGCUCCCACUGGGCACUGCAGUUUUCUAAUGCAGAAGUCAGCAGACUUGUUUCUUUUAUUAAGUCGUUUUAGGUGAAUAAUGUGAUUGAAAAUGUUCAAAUUAUAACAUGAUGAUCCACAGGACUGAAAGAUUAUAACUAUAGAGCACACACAAGCACAACAGGGCUGAUUUAGAUUUGCAAUCUGUUUCUGAAACAUUGUAAACUGUUAAAUUAUUAAAUCAUUUCUCAGAAUCUUCCGUUUUAAAUGAGCUUUUUGGGCUUGGGUGUUAUGGAUAAUAACAUGAGUACAUAAUGUUAGCAUGUAGCUGUUAGCCUCCGCGAUGCCUGUAAACUCUUAAUAUUUCAAGUUUUCCAAAAGGCUAUGGAUAGAAAAUUUACUUCCGAAUCCAGAGCGGACUGACUCUUGUGAGCUUUUAGCCAUGUUAUAAUGUUGUUGCCACUUCAAAAACACACCUGGAGUUGUGUUUUGUUUCAUUCACACAUGAUUGAGUAAUCCUUUACUUUUAGUCUGUCUACAUCUCCAAAGCUCAAAAUGCUCUGUUCCACUUUAUGACUAGGAGUGAAGUGAUUUCAAUGAGGCUAAAACAAUAGCUGCAGCUUCAAAAUUUGUCAAUUCCAAGACUGCAAAUGAUUCUAGUGAAGGUGUGUGGAGUUUAAAAACGCAGGGGAGCACUUCCUGUAUUACCACAUGACACUACAAGGUGGAACAUGCAGGAUUAUUGUGUUAAACAUGUGUAAAUAAAACAAAACUGCAGGUAUCUUUGUGAUGAGAAAACAUAACAUCAGAAAAUUUACGUGGACCUGUUACAAAAUACUGAAAAAAAAUAUUUACAGGAGUUAAAAUUAUUCAAAUGAGUUGAAUAAAUCUUGAUUUGAAGGGGAAAAAAGUGAGAUUUGAACUUAUUAGACCUGUUUCUAGGUAUUUCUAACCUUCAGUCUAUAUAACUUUGUGUCACAUGCCGUUCCUUUUAAAGAUUUAGAUCUAAUAAGUAAAAUAUAAAUGUUUCAAAUCAGGACUCACUGUCAUUUUAACUCCUGUAGACAGUCGAAUGGUUAAGAUGAUUUAUUUUUUUCUUACAAAUCCUUCAAUUUUGGUUUUUUUGAUGUAAAUUCUCUGUUGAUGAUUGAUUUUCCAGCCUGAUAAAUCUGUGUUCUGAUUCACAAUUAAUAUUUGUUCAUAAAUGCUUUUGGUUUUUUUUAUAUUUUUAUUUAAUUUUAUUUGAGUUUCUUGAUGUAAAGAAUAAUCAGGUCAUGUUUUAGUACAGAGACGUUAUGAGAAAAGUGUCACAUUAAUGUAUGGAUAAAAUGAAAUAUAAGCUUGAAUUUUG